AUGGCCCGGAGGGUGGAUUUCCUCAACCGGGCCAACAACAGAUACCAGCCAGGUACCAACGUGGGCGGAUCGCCAGCAAACCAGCCAGUGGAAGGUGACAGGGACACCGAGUUAUUCCUGAUGCCAGGCAUCGAGUUCUUCUUGAUCUACCCGGCGACAUUCAAGAUCAAAUCCAAAGCUGGCGUGAUGGAAUCCUUCCAAUGCCCAAGGAAGGCUGAGGAAUAUCUUAAGUUGUUGCUGAGAGGACCCCCCAGAGCGGAGGAUGGAGAUGUGGAUAAUUAG